CGUUCAGUGAUGCCUCUGCAGCCCAAAGACGGAGCGAUACAGGAAGAUACUACAGUGUGUGGGACCUUACCAUCCAAGUGACGUCCUAUAUGAUCAAUCCCGACUUGUUAUCUUCUGAAGGCAAGGACGCAAUUCCAGCGAAAUUCAGAGGAUUACUCUCAAGGCGAUUCUUGGACGGCCAGUCUACUGUGUUGACAAGGUGGAGAAAUGUGCAUGCACGGAGGACGAGGAGCCUGGAAUUAAGCACAGGAGAGAAAAGAUGCCGAAGAUGAGACGAUAAAGAACAGCUAGUUUUGGGGCCUGUGCAAACUUCCUGUGGCAGCAGUUGGAUGUGCACUUCAACCCAGCCACGAUGACAAUGAAAGGUCUGUCCAGCAGUCGUAGUCACCACCACACGGUGACCUGCGACCCCUCUUAUGACUCUAUGACCCUUGGGCACUCGGAUCGUCGGUCCUACUUCCUCAACCCUGGGGAGUCUCAUCCUGCUGACCACCCCUGCUACACACAGCGCAACUCCUUCCAGUCUGAGUGUAGUGCCUACCCUGAUCUGGCCAGCUGCACCUUCCCGCGCAGACAUUACAGCUCUCACCAUGAGCUGAAGGAGGAGUGUGGUGCUGUGGUGCCUUAUACAGGUCCAACAGGGAGCAGUAAGGGAAGUGGAGGAGGUGGUGGAAACAAUAAUCGCAUCCCUUCUAACCUGCUAGAGCAGUUUGAGCGCCAGGCACCGGUACGACGUGAAGGCUACCACACACUGCAGUACAAGCGCGCUGCGGUAGAACACCAACGUAGUGACAGCCCUGGUCGAAUCCGCCACCUUGUUCACUCUGUCCAGAAGCUUUUCACAAAGUCCCAUUCCCUGGAGGGGCCCUCGGGGUCUGCUGGAGGAGGUAGUGGGAGGAUGAAUGGCAGCAAAUCCAGUCCUGAUGACCCACCCUCCUCUUCUGGCACUUUGAAGCAUAGUAAGCGCAGUAAGAGUAAAGACCGUUCCAAGUCAGAGCCUAAGAUGCGCACUGCCAUCUCAGGCUACUGGAGCUCAGACGAUACACUCGACCGGGAGGUGUGCCUCUAUCACCAUCACCACGGGGGUAGCAGUGGAGGCCUACCCUCUGGGGUCAUGACCAUGGGUCGCCACCCGGACAAAUCCCAGUCCCAGUACUUCAUGGAGUCCUACAACACCAUCAGCGCCCACUCUCUCAAGACGUCACGCAGCAACAACGAUGUGAAGUGUUCGACGUGUUCUGGGGGCAGCAGUGGAGUUAUGCCACUGGGGGGUGCCCUGGAUGGCCAAGUGCAGCUGAAGAAGAGCUCAUGGUCUUCUACUCUGACGGUGAGCAGAGCAAGAGAGGUUUACCAGAAGGCCUCAGUCAACCUAGAUAAAGCUCUAGUGAAAGCCGAGCAGGGACGCACCUGCCACUUCCUACAGGUGCCUCAGGAUGACUGGAGUGGUUUCUCUCCGCUGGGGAAGGAUGAUGAGAUCCCGUGCCGGCGGAUGCGGAGUGGCAGCUACAUCAAGGCCAUGGCAGAAGAAGACAGCGGCGACUCAGACUGCAGCCCCAAACCCUCGCCCAAGGUCCAGGCACGACGAGCCAGCUACCUGAAGGCCACACAACCGUCCCUCACAGAGAUGACCACACUCAAGAUUUCCACAGAGCAUUCGCCCAAGCUACAGAUCCGGAGUCACAGCUAUCUGCGGGCGGUGAGUGAGGUUUCCAUCAAUAGGAGUCUGGACAGCUUGGACCCGGCAGGGCUGCUGGCCUCGCCUAAAUUCCGCUCGCGAAACGAGAGCUACAUGAGAGCCAUGAGCACCAUCAGCCAGGUGAGCGAAGUGGAGGUGAACGGGCAGAUCGAGGCGGUGUGUGAGUCAGUGUUCAGUGAGAUGGAGUCGCAGGCGGUGGAUGCCCUGGACCUGCCCAUGCCCGGCUGCUUCCGCAUGCGGAGCCACAGCUACGUACGUGCCAUAGAGAAAGGCUGCUCGCAGGAAGAGGAGGAGAGAGGCAUCACAGUGGGCAACAGGAAGACCAACUCACCCCCGCGCACCACCACCACUGUCAGGACCAUCCAGAGCAGCACAGUGUCAUCAUGCAUCACAACCUACAAGAAGACACCUCCCCCUGUCCCACCACGCACCACGCCGUCCAAACCCUUCAUAUCCAUCACGGCCCAGAGCAGCACCGAGUCCGCCCAGGAUGCCUACAUGGAUGGGGGCUCUGGCCCGCGGACGGGCAUCAGCUCCCAGCCUGGCCUGUCCAACUCCACGGAGAGCAUCGACAGCAUGAAAGCUCUGACAGCAGCCAUAGAGGCAGCUAAUGCUCAGGUGCACGGCCCUGCCAGCCAGCACGUCACCAACAGUACCAUCACCAUCACUGCCACCGCCACCACCUCUGCCGUCGCGCACGUCUCAGCAGACAGUAAGGCACAGAGGGAAGCGCUCCGCAAGUGCCUCUCUAUAGGGAUCCAGGUGGACCCAGAGGAAGGAGGGCCCAAAGAGGAGCAGUCUAAAUUCCAGUCGAUAGGAAUUCAGGUGGAGGAUGAACGAUGUUACCGCAGGAUGACGCGCUCCAAUAGUGUAACCACAGCUGUGCAGGCUGACCUAGACGGUCCCACAGACCCCCCAGAGCUGCUGCCACGUCACUUUGCCACCAUGCCGCGCCAACACUCCCGCGAUGCUGCUACUUCUACUGUCAGCAUCCAGGGCUCGGGGAACCACUACCACGCCUGUGCUGGUGACGACUACGGGGAGGUGGGGUUCGACCCUUCGAUCCUGCCCCCUCCAGACCCAUGGAUGGACAGCGUAGCUGAGCCAGAAGUGGAGGCUGUCGGGCGGUCCGUGUGCCCCCGUGACGGCCGCUGGUUCCUCAAAUUGCUGCAGGCCGAGACGGAGCGUAUGGAGGGCUGGUGUCGACAGAUGGAGCAGGAUGAGAUGGAGAAUGAGCUGCCCGAUGAGAUCCUGGGGAAGAUCCGCAGUGCAGUGGGGAGUGCCCAGCUGCUGAUGUCCCAGAAGUUCCAGCAGUUCCGGGAGCUGUGUGAGGAGAAUCUGAACCCAAAUGCACACCCACGGCCCAUCUCCCAGGACCUGGCAGGUUUCUGGGACAUGCUCCAGCUGUCUAUCGAGAACAUUAGCCUGAAGUUUGACGAACUCCACCAACUCAAAGCCAACAACUGGAAACCUCUGACCCCACCAGAAAUUCAGGAGAGAAGGAUGCCCCCUCCCGUGCCAAAGAAGCCCCUGAAGGGCCACCCUUCCCUGGCAAGGGACCGCUCACUGGAGAGCUCUGAGCGCCAGCGUCUGGAGGCUCGCAAACGCCUGCUAGCUGCCAAACGUGCCGCUUCGGUUCGGCAGAGCUCUGCUACUGAGAGCGCAGACAGUAUUGAGAUCUAUAUCCCCGAGGCUCAGACCAGACUAUGAGACACACAAACACAUGUACCUACACACAUGCCCAAAACACAGUCCCAUCCACACAAUAGCACUGAAUGGUAAGGCUAGGGUGCUAAUAAAACAUAAUCACAUUUUUAACAGACUUCACAGAUCACUGUAGGGUCAGUCACGAUGGAAGUUGUUUGAACAAGAAAUGUAUAUUUACAGUAUUUAUUUAUUUAUUUCCCCUCGUUUCUCCCAGCUUUGAUGUAGCAGUCCCUCCUCUUCCUGUACCUCCACCCGCCCCUCACUCUCAAAGACGUAUCUUAUAAAUCCCUUUUUUUAAGUGGCCUAAUAUUUCAAUGUAAGCCAGGUGUAGCACAGCAGUGAUGCUUCACGUUAAUGUGUUUCAGGUGCUGAGAAUCAGAGAAGAACAGGGCAGGCAGCAUGCAUGUCCAUGUGGAGUGUGCGCAUGUACUGUAUAUACAUGCAAACACAUGCAGCAAGUGAUAUAUUUUAUCUGAUUAGCUCAGAUCAAAUGUGUCAAAUCAAAUGGAGACCAGACCAGACCUAUUGACUCGUAAAUGAUCUUAUUUUUAUACUUGUAUAAAAUCCCAUGAUCAGAUUAUGAAAAAAACAUAAGCAUGGAAGUCUUUGAUUUGUAUAAUGAGGUCAAACAUUAGAAAUAAUGGUGAAAAAACCAGACAAGGAAACUAUAGAUUCAGUUAGUGACACAAUUGCCCUCUGUGUGGGUCUUUCCAGCAGAAGGAGGCUGACCCUGUAGGAAAGGUCAAGAGGUCCUCCAGGUGAGGCAAAGUUGAUAUUGAGCCAGGAGCAAUCUUUGGGCUUCUGCAAAGAGUUAAAUUCACUGAAAGAAUCACUGUUCAAAACAUGCCACAAACCUAAUCUAUGUGUGUGUGUGUGUGUGUGUGUGUGUGUGUGUGUGUGUGUGUGUGUGUGUGUAAUAGAAAGAGCAUAUGUGUGUGUGUGUGUGUGUGUGUGUUAUGAUUCAGAUGUUCAUUUCAGAAGUGCUUCCUAUUUUUCUAGGUCUAAAGGGUCCUAGUUGUAAAAUGAAGGUAGCAGUAUCAACAAACUGUAAACAAACCACCCAUCUUGUCUCAUUUUAAACUGAGCAAACCAUGUUUGUAUAAAGAUCAUACAGUAUAAUGACAUGACAUGCAUGCUGACACAAGGUAACUAAUAUUUUUGUCUUUUCUAACCAGGUUCAAUCCUUUCUCAUGUUGCGUUCAAACUCUUCAGUGUUACAGGCAGCGCUAAAAUACUGAUAUUUGGUACAAUACUGGUAGUUGUACUAUAUUUUAUUAUGUCAUUUUUAGACAAGAGAGGUAUAUUGACAGUAUUGAGACUAAAGGACUGAAAAGGGACUAUUUUCUCCUCACUGUGUGUGCACUAUCUCUGCCUCCAAAUGAAGCAAUUAUUUGAGGUCAUACAAAAGAAUCCAAUUUGUAAUAUUUUGUAUUCAUGUUUAAUUUAUUGAUUAGAAGAACAAUGACUGUUUAUUGACAUUGCGAUUAUUAUUAUGCACUGACAACAAGGCCCUUAUACUGUGUUUAUGUUUUAUUUAUGUUGGUUCUUUUGCAUGGCAGGCACCUUUUUUUUUGUCUUUUUCUGUUUCAGUGAUCAGCCUUAAUUUCUAAUAUGAUAGUUGAGCACAACAGCAGUCUCAGGGGAAGAAGUGUGUGUGUGUGUGUGUGUGUGUGUGAGAGAGAGAGAGAGAGAGAGAGUGAGAGAGAGUGAGAGAGAGAGUGACUUCAUGUGACUGUAUGUGACCCAUGGCUUUGUCUCUUACUGUAUAUAACCCCAGCCACAAGGAUAGGCCAUGAUGUUAAACAAGGGAAUAGUAUCCAUGCCAUCUUUUGAGUGAUGUUCCUCUUGAACACCUCAGCCCUAAUACCUAAUUACUUCAGUAUAACAAGAUAUUUCUGUCAGCUGCUUGAAUGUGGAGACAAUCCUGAGCUGGUUUAGCCAUCACAUAAUUGUUUUGAUAACAGAAUAGUAGGACAUUGGUGUCCAAUUCUCUGUAUUGAUCUUUUUGUGCCAUUGAAUAACUAUUAAGUAAGGAUAUAUUCCUACUAUUUGUCCCUGUUGAACAGCUACCUGAAGCUUUCAUUGAGAGACGUUUGUGAAGGAACUCAAGUGAUGAAGUAACCGUACAGUAUGAGUUGUAUUUCCUUUAGUUGGUCGAUAGGAAGUUUAGAGAGGGUGCAUAAAAGUAACAAUAGCUCAAACUUAAUGCCAUUUUAUGUAGAUGAAGCUCAUUUUAGUAUUUUUUACUUUGGAAACUUGUAUUUUAAUUGAAUUGUCUGUCAAAUGAUUGACUUCUUAUUUAUGUUUAUUAUAUUAACAUAUCAAUAUAAUACUCCUGAUAUAGCAGGGAGUUAGAAACCAGAAUGUUGGAUUGUGGUUAAUUGCUAAACUCAAAAGACACUCCAGCAAUUCUGAAGCUUGUGACGUAGUUAUAUUAAGAGAAAAACAUUCAAAUAAACAUUUGUACAUAAAUGAAUGUUUCCCUAUGUAAAUGUAAACUAAAAAACCCCAAUCAAAUAACAUAUUAAGCAGAUAUACAUUUUGUAAUUAAUGUUAUUACACUGUUGAUGUUAUGGCACGUGUAUGAGCUCUUAUCAGCAUUAAAAAAAAUAUCAUUGCCA